GGCGGCUGUAUUUCCCGCGAAAACCCAUUACGAAUAUCCACAGAAUAUCACCUGGAAAUAUACUUGGGAUAUUCCUCAUCUCUUUAUAGUUUAUACAUUCGAAAAGAUUAGGACAACAAUAAUGGUGGGUUUUGAUGACGAGGUAUAAAAGAAAUUACUGGUCUUGAUGUGUAAUUUGACUGGUUAGACCCUCACUAUCAAUCCCAUUUUGCAAUUUUGUCCAUUUCUUGAAAUUGAUUGGAUAUAUUGCCUUUGAGAAAGUGCACUUGCAUUCAAGAAAAGAUAUAUCUUUUUUUUUUACUAUCUGUUGGGAGUUCGGUUUUCUUGAUUUUUAAGCCGUGAAAUAAAGCUAUGGAGAGCAGCAAUAAUAGUUUUAGGGAUAGUAGUGCUCUAAUGCCAUCACGCGUUUUGAUUGUGUUUGAUGCCACUAAAGAUCGCAGUCAUCAUGAGUUUAGUCGUACCGUCACUAAUCUCCGAAUGUGGGGCGGCAUCGUCCAUCCAGGCGAUACAAUUACGUUCGUCGGUGUGCUGCAUAAAGUCUUGCAUCCCAUGGGUUACCAAAUGGGAGUGGCUCCCGAGAAUUUUCUCGGGGCAACACAUAUCCGAGCAUUGGAAGAAGAAGUAUCGAAAAAAGUCGAUAUGUAUUUGGGAAUGCUCCAGCUCAGCGCCGAAGAAUGUGAAGGCGAAGGGGUAGAUAUUGAAGUCAAGAUUAUUGCUGGAACUCCAAUAAGAAAAGUUGUAAUACAAGAAGUCGCAACCUAUAACGCAUCAUGGGUUAUACUCGAUAGGCAUCUGAGAAAGGAAUCGAGGUUCUACCUUAAAAACAUCCCAUGCAAACUCGCGUUAGUCCUCGAUAACUUAUCACUCGAGAUAUUAAGACCUUAUUGUUCUAAAAAGGAAAUCGAUUAUAUAGAAGAUAAGCACUUUUACUCGCUCGCAAAGCGGGUCCCACUGCCACCGGUUAGUGAUAACGAGAACAACGAACAGUCACAGUCAACCAUUACUAUCAGCUACAAUGAGUCAACGACUUCCAUUGAAAGCUCCAAUAUAGCCAAGGAUCUUAUAAGCUUUUCCUCACAAGACGAAUUUGGACAAAACAUUAACCGGGAUAUUAAAUCUUACAUCUCUCCUCCGAUCCUGACGAGGCAACGAAGAAAAGCCGGUCGAUACAAUAAUACAGGCUCCGAUGCACCGAUUCUGUGCAUUGAUUGUGGAUUAAAAACAGAGAUUGAUUCGAUGAGAUAUAGCUAUUCCGAGAUUCAGUUAGCAACGGAUAAUUUCUCGUCAGAUAAUUUACUCGGAGAAGGUGGGUAUGGUUUUGUAUAUAAAGGCAAGCUUAGAAACGGGCAGAAUAUUGCUGCAAAGGUUCAUAAGGAAGAAAGUACACAAGGGUUUUCCGAGUUUCAAUCGGAAGUAUUUGUACUUAGCUUUGCGCGUCAUAAGAACAUCGUUAUGCUUCUUGGUUAUUGUUGCAAGGAGAAUAUUAAUAUCUUGAUUUACGAACGUAUCUGCAAUAAAUCGCUCAACUGGCAUUUAUUCGAAAAUACGAGCUGUGUUAUGGAGUGGCACAGAAGAUAUGCUGUGGCGAUUGGAACUGCAAAAGGGUUGCGUUUUUUGCACGAGGAGUGUAGAGGGAGUCCUAUAGUUCAUCGAGAUAUGCGGCCGAGUAAUAUAUUGCUCACGCACGAUUUUGUCCCUAUGCUGGGGGACUUCGGUCUUGCAAAGUGGAAGACGAACGAGGAUGAAGUACAGUCGAGAAUUCUAGGCACUCUUGGAUAUCUUGCACCGGAGUAUGCAGAAAACGGGAUUGUUUCUGUUCGAACGGAUGUUUACGCAUUUGGCAUUGUUCUGAUACAAUUAAUAUCUGGACGUAAGGCAGUCGAUACUUCUAGCCAAGGCCAAGAAUCAUCUCUCCGGCAGUGGGCGUUACCUCUAAUCGAGGCACUUGCAUUACACGAGCUCGUCGAUUCUCGUCUCGGUGAAUCAUACAACACGUACGAACUGUACAACAUGGUUAGAACAUCGUAUUUAUGUGUCCAAACCGACCCUCAGAGGCGACCAUCCAUGCCAGAGGUGCUGCGAUUUCUCGAGGGAGAAAGCGAUCAUUUUCAACACUUGACGGACCAAUUCAUACCUCACUAUAGUAAGUAAACUUCGUUCGAUAGAAGCAACUACUUUUCGUGUAUGUUACGGUUUUCGGUUUCGAUUUUCAUGUACUAGGUUUAAAAUCCUCUGCAUUCUUGAAAUAAGGGUGUUUGUUUUAUGAUUAUUGAAUAUCUUUUUUUUAAAUAUUAAUUUUUAUGUAUUUAAAUAAAUUAUUAUUGAAAAUGUGAAUAAUAAUACACAUUUGAGACAACAAUGAUGGGCAAGUAAUGAUUGAUCUUAUUGCAAUUGUUGUGUGCCUCUUAGGAUUGUCCCAUGUAAUGUAACAACAGUGUCGACCACAAGUUGAGGCCUUUGUUUCACUACAAUUUAAUUAUUAUAGAUAAGGUUUAUUUA